AUGCUCAGCACACUUUUCACCCUCGUACUUGCUGCUACAGCAGUAGCUUCGCCUGUCUUAUUGGGCAAUGUCGACACUGGUAGUGCAGCGCCUCCACCAAAUCAGGUCACCAUCAAGAACUUGGUAUACGGAGGAAGUGGAUGCCCACAAGGCAGUGUUGGGUCUUUUAUCUCGCCUGACAGACAGACCUUCACCCUCAUCUUUGACAGAUUUGUGGCCUCCAUCGGUCCUGGCGUUGCAGUCGCUGAGAACCGCAAGAACUGCCAAAUCAACCUUGAGCUCCAGUACCCAGGUGGUUUCCAAUAUAGCAUUCUCAGCACCAUGUACCGCGGCUACGUCGAUGUCGACAAGGGAGUGACUGGUCGUCAACAAAAUACCUACUACUUCUCUGGCCAAUCCAACCAGAUCUCUUCCGGCACAGACUUCAAGGGCCCAAGAGCAGGCGACUAUGCUAUUACUGAUGCUAUGCCCCUCACAUCCACCAUUUGGUCGCCUUGCGGCAGUACUGCGGCUCUCAACAUCAACUCUCAAGUCCGCCUGACAUCCACCGUACCCGCCGCAAAUGGUGUCAUCACCGAUGAUUCUAUUGAUGGCAAGAUUGCGUUCCAGGUUGGUGUUCAGUGGCAGGCGUGUUAG